AUGAGCACACCUACUGCAUCAGCAACGGCAUCUCCAUCGCGCUUCUUCCUACAGCCUGAAAAUAGUGGCAAGUGGUACACAGCAGGAUGCAAGAAUGUAUUGCGAAGUGCUGGCGUGGUGCUCCAAGGUAUUAUCGACGAGCUUCGUAAACGGGUUUUGCUUCUAAUCAGGUUACAGGAAAAUAACUUAGGUGCUGCACUUGCAUGCUCCAAACCCGAUGGACCCAGAUACUUAAACAUGCUAAACCUGACAGUGGAGGGUACGUACACUACUAUGCUAGAACGUCUAGGUCGUGCAUUUAUUGAUCUCGACAGUUGCCGGGAUAGCAGUGACUUAGUGCGUGCGGCGCUAACGACAGACGACGAUGCAUGA